CCUGGAAAAUAAAUUCCAAAUCCGAACCAGAAAGAGUGAGAAUCAAUAACCGUCAUCAAGGUUCGGCUGCUCUGAAAACCUAAAAAUACCAAAAUCCGUCGAAGUUCAUGGCUGAACUGAUUGCCGUCGUUGUGAUCUCAAAUUCGGCAACUGAUAGCGUUUCUGUUUCUCGUGAACUUUGCUUCCAGCGCUAUGAUUCCUCUCUAGUCGGAACGCCGUCGAGGUCGCCGCCUGAUCAACCCACAAUUUAAUUUAGGUUCUCUUCUCAGCCGGCGAGGCAGCUUUGAAGUAGCAAUAUGCCGAGAGUGGACAUCAAAGACUCUGGCAUCGGUUCCUCUCACCUUCCUGAAUGCCCCAAAGCCCCUACCAAACGGCCGAAUCGUCGCCGGAAGGCGUCCAAGAAGCCUGUCGGGAAGUCUGAGCUGGGGGACGGUGUUCAGGAUGGCACCGGUGAGACUGGUACUUUGGGUUUGGAUAAUGAUGGACCGAUUUCGCCGAGAGUUGAGAUGCGCAAAGGUUUUCCGAGCUCAGGGGAAAAACCGGCAACUGAGAAGGGUUAUCUGUUGGAGUCAGAUAACAGGGAGAGUGAGAUUGAGAACGAUAUCGGCGGCGAAGAAUCAUCCGCUGGCGUGGUUGAUGUUAUGAGAGUGUUGGAGGAGUUGCAGUUGGCCGUGGAUGAGCCGGAGCUGUCUGCUGAUCAGCUCAGAAUCAACGAUCAGUUGCAGGAAGAUGAGUUACUUGCAAUGGAGUCUAUUUAUGGAGAAAAUGUCAUCAUUCUUGACAGGGAGAGAGGUUUGAGAGCUUUCCAGGUUCGUAUUGAACCUAAAAUUCCUGAUGAAUUUACGAUAACCACGAAACUUCAUUCAUCGGGUGAGAUGAAGACGGCUAGCUCAAGUACUACGGAUGAGUUCUCUUAUUCAUUCAAAGUCAAGUUUCUUCCACCAAUUGUGCUGACAUGCUUAUUCCCAAAAUCUUACCCAAGCCACAAGCCUCCAAAUUUCACCAUUUCUGUUCAAUGGUUGGGUUGUCCUAGAAUUGCAAGUCUCUGUUCUGUGCUGGAUUCGUUAUGGAUGGAACAACGGGGGCAAGAAGUUAUGUAUCAAUGGAUUGACUGGCUUCAAAGCUUUUCUCUCCCUCAGCUUGGUAUUCAUCAAGAGAUCAUACUCGGUCCUUAUGGAAUAAAACAUAUUGGAGACAGGCGUGCAGUUUCGGGAAGUGUCUCCCCGGAUGUUGACAUUCCUUCACUCAGAUGGUAUAAUGAUGAGCAGGUCCUUGAGAAUUUCCUUAAUGAUUUCCAUCAGUGCAGCAUCUGUUUUUCCGAGCAUGCAGGCAGUGACUUUGUUAGACUACCGUGUCAGCAUUUCUUCUGCCGGAACUGCAUGAAGACUUAUUCCGACUUGCAUGUUUCAGAAGGCACAUUGAAUAAACUUCUAUGUCCAGAGUCCAAAUGCGGGGAAGACACUCGACUUUUUUGCUCUCUUUGCAAGAAUAAACGCCAUAUAGGUGAAGCCUGCCUAACGCCAGAGUUAAGGCUUCAAAUAUUGCAGGAGCGCCUCAAGUCCUCUCGAAGCGUGGCUCAAAUGCGUGUGGAGCAAAAUAAGAUCAAUGAGUUUCUGAGCGAGAGUUACAUAGCUCGUGAUUCUAAGCAAUGCCCAGUUUGCAGAAUGGCAAUUUCAAGAACUGGCGGAUGCAACAAGAUGGUUUGCAGGAACUGUGGGAACUACUUUUGUUACUGUUGCAACUUAUCCAUUGACGGAUAUGACCACUUCAGUGGUGGAGAGUGUGAACUAUUCCCGCCUGAAUCAAUUCGCCAGUGGGAGCGGCGGAUGAAUAAUCGUCAGGCUGGAGGGGUGGUUCGAGUUGAAAACAUUGGUCAUCCUCACAAAUGUGCUAGUUGUAAUCAACAUAAUUGGAAGAUAGACAAUAACAAUCACAUUUUCUGCUGGAAGUGCAAAAAGCACUACUGUUACUUAUGCCGGAAUGUUGUGAAGCGCAGUAGUGAGCAUUAUGGAGGACCCAAUAGAUGCAAGCAGCAUACAGCUGGAUAGCCUUUCGAAAUUCAGUCUCUGUGGUUCGUGACCCAACAUCAGCUCCGGGUAGAGGGCCCCUUCCAGUUCUUGUCAUGAAGGUACACUGAAACACUGUAAAGAAAUUACAGCCAAGUUAGAGGGAGUUUUUGUUUUAUAAUAAGAGAGAUAUUAUAUUUGCUUCCACAGUUGUCAAUAACUCAUUAAUUACACUAAACAUUUAAGUUGCAU